UGCAGGAGCUUCUGGAGCAUCAUCCCUUUUAUUUUACAUCAGUUGACAAACAUCUAUACUUAUCGUAACCGUAACCCGAAUUUUGUGCGGUCGAGCUUUUCUGUUAAAUCAAGCAGAUGAAUAUGCAACGAUGAAUAACCACGAUAGUCGGGAGGUUUUGCAGACUAUUACAUCUUGUAACAGUAAUGGCGUACAAAGGAGAAGAGAAAGAAAUGAUAUGGGUAAUUUAAGCAGAGAGGAAAGAAGACGUCGACGACGUGCCACCCAAAAGUACAGAACGGCGCAUGCAACGAGGGAAAGGAUUCGAGUCGAAGCCUUUAAUGUCGCCUUUGCGGAACUGAGGAAGCUUUUGCCGACACUUCCACCGGAUAAAAAACUGUCUAAAAUUGAAAUUUUACGCUUAGCUAUAUGUUAUAUUGCUUAUUUAAAUCAUGUUCUGGAUACAUAAGUGCUGGUCUGUUAUAAAACAUUGUUAUAGUUAAGUAGCGAUUUAAGAUUAAUUUGUGAUAUUUUGUAGUAUCGACUAAUUUAUAA